AUGUCGUGCAGACACUCGUUCUCGUCGGCCCUGCGCCAUGUCCAUUCUGGCCUGGUGCAGCAGCAAUCCAAAACCUUUUCCACGUCGGCCUCCGUCGCAGCCCUCAACAAAGGCCUUUUCCCCCAGAGCAACACCAGCAACCAGACCACCCGCAACACCAAGCAGACCUGGACGACCCGUAGCAAUCCGACCGAUGCGUUGCAGAGCAUUAUUUCCGAGCGCGCGGAGCGCGGAGCAGCACCUACUCUGGAGGAACAAAGGCAAAUGAUGGCGCAGCAGAGCACAGGUUCUGGCGCCCGGGAUUUGCGCAUCAGCCAGAUGACAGACAACUACAUGCGCCAGAUGCCCCGUCGAUGGAAGGUCGGCGAUGUCUAUGCGCCAAAGGACCUGUCCCCUUUGGAAAUGAAGAAGUGGAAGAGCAGGCAGUCAAAGAAGCAAGAUAUUGUCGACCUGCUGGGGUUCAACCCCAUCGACAACUACAAGGCAUGUUUCAGCCCCCUGUGGACAAGGAUGAUGAGGACCUGA